GGUUCAUGUCAAAAUGUGUUGUGCCUCGACCUGAACGCUAUGCACUGUAUACCGCUCAUCAUUUUAUUUUUUUCCACGACUGCCUGGGCCCAAAGAGAAUUCAAAAGUACACCAUGGUACGACGAGGGCGAUUUCAUGUGGAGAAACAAAGACGAGAGGAUGAGAGAGUACACCAUGUGGCUGAAGAAGAAAUUCGGGAUAGAAGACAGUCAAGAAAAUAUUGAUACGGACCCGUCUCCUCCACUUUACAGGCAUCGACCUCAAAAGCAAUUCACGUACGAGAUCCCAGUGCUACUCCCGGGAGGAGGUAGCUCAUUCGCUUCCCCUCCCACGGACGAAAGGUUUUUCACCCCGGAUCUCAACCCGCAGCCUCAAAAAAUUGAACCCGUUUACGAAGAUCCGCCCAUUACGAGUAAAAAGUACGAAGAGGAGGACUUGGAGCCAAACGUGGUCGUGCCGGACUUUCUUCAGGAGUCACAAGUAGUAAAAUCGAAGCUUAUCGAUUUCGAUAAUGACAAGGACAAUAUCGUAAUCACAGCACUUAUAGCGGGGACUAGUGCUGCAGCCUUAGCCGCUUUAGCCCUACUCGUUUACGGCUAUGUCAGGUUGCAAAAGAAAGCAAAGGCUGCAGCGGAUGUCGAAUACCCCGCUUACGGUGUAACCGGGCCUAACAAAGAUUCCACGCCUACUGGCGACAGGAGAUUGGCACAUUCUGCACAGGUUUACCACUACCAGUUGACCAAGCAGCAAAUAAUUGCCAUGGAAGGCAAUCGAGGAGAGAGGCGAGGAUCAAUAUCGGAAGCAGAUAGUGAUGACGACAACGAAGAAGGCGAUUACACUGUCUACGAAUGUCCGGGACUUGCACCGACAGGCGAAAUGGAAGUUAAAAACCCAAUGUUUCAAGACGAUCCGACGCCGGCGACCACAGCCGAAAACGACCAAGACGACCCAAAAACUCAAACAAGCAACAAAUAAAUUUCAUAUCAUUAACUUUAAUUCCUAAUAAAAAAAUUAUAGGUAUCAUAAUUUCUUCAAAUAUGAAAUGUUAAAAGUAAACAAACAAAAAAAAUUAUGAUAAACAUUGGGUAUUUUGUACACAUUCCCAGUCUGUACAGCUUUUUAUUUCAAAAAUUUUCUUCCUUCUAAAUAAUAAUUAUAGAUCACUAAAGUUUACGGAGGGGAGACCCUUUAGCACAAGAGUUGACACAAUUGACUCGUAAUUAAUUAAUCUUUUAAUUAAGAUUUAUGCCAAAAUCUGUUACCAAAAUCCACAUUCUAAACUGUUUUUGUAUUUUAUUUUGGAGAGAAGGGCCUAAGAAAUGGGAUAUUCCACGAACACGAGGUCCUUGUACGCAUUAAAAUUUUAAGCGUUUUAAAUUGUUUGUAUUUUUCUAUUUGCCAUAUAUUCUAUAAGAAUGUUAACUAAAUGGAAAAAACUGUUGAUUUGUAUUGGUUACUACCGUCAAUUAAUUUUGAUCCUUGUAGCGAUACAAAUGAACUAACAUGUGUAGUUUAUAAAUAAAUACAAUUAUCUUUCUAUAUAUGUAAAUAAUAUAUAUAUGUAUAGAAAGUCCCCAUAUAAAUAAUAUAUUUGAAGAGCAUAGAACACCACUCCUUUGAAUCAUUCUAUUUAAAAUUAUUUUUCAUAUGUAAAAGUAUAUUGUUGCGAACAUUCCAACAGAACUGUGUAAAAUGGAUGAGCCAACACCCAAGAGUGAUAUAUAUAUAAAUAUGGUGCAAAAGAGUGGCAAAGAACUUUAUUUUAUGCAUAAUAAAGAUUAUUAUACUAUAAAUAAAAAUUUAUAUGUACUAUAUAUUAUAUAUAUCGUUUUAAAAAAAAAACCCAUAAAUUUUGUCUUCUUAACAAUUGACAUGAUAAAUUGUACAAAUUAGUUUAUAUUUCAACUUAUUUUUUAAAAAGAUUUCGUUUAAUUAGUGCUAGACAUAUUUUUUUACUCAUUUUGAACUGACGCUAUUUUUACUAAUUGAUUUCCGGCCUUUAGAUUAAUAAAUAUAUUUUAAACGAAUACAAAAAAUAAUUGGACAUAUUUACAAUUACUGCUUAGCCUGCAUACAUUUUUUUAUAAUCGUUAUAUUUUAGAAUAAAAUAUACAGUUUCCGUUUACUAUUAAUUCACACAAACAUUUCACUGAAAACAAUAAAACGCCAAAAUUCACAAUUUCGAUUAAUAAUAAAUAUUAUGCUUUUAACCAUGUGAACCACAAUAGGGUAUUCAUAUACUAUUAAACGUUAAAUAGUUUAUAAGUUAUUAGAAAUAGCAUAAGAAAUUUAUAUGUUCCGAUCUAAAAUCCUAUUUUAAUGUGUUGUACAUCACAAAUAUAACAUUAUUUUAAGUGACUAUGUUUA